AGACCACAGCCACCUUAUUUCGUUGCUCUGCCCCGCAUGAUUUUGAUGUAUCCCCACUAAAUACAUCUACAGGCAACCUCAACAUGUUGUUGUGCUCGUGAGGUAUUUCCUUUGAAUCCCAUUCAUGAUCAUUCUUUUGCCAUUUUAUAUUCAAAGUUAUUGGAAAUUUGAUAUCCAUUUUAGAGGGUAGCAAGUUACUCACAUCUACAUUUGUGUGGUUUUUUUUUGUGACCCUACUACGUAGAGCGUUACGAAAAAGUGGUGGUAUUGUUACAACAACAGGUCGAUAUAUUCGAAUCGUAUACAUAGGUAGUAGUUCUUGUACAGACACUCUGGCGCCAGCCCCACGUCUCAUGUUGCUCGCACGAUAAUUUUGAUAUCAGGCGCCAGCACUUCAUUUUCACAUGGUAAAAAAAACCGGAAGAAUUAAUCUCCGCAGGAGCGGAAAACAAGCACCAGCAGCGUGAUAGCACUCUCGGCGGGGGUGGCCCUUGAUUUGAUGACCACUCGGGACAACAAUUUUUCAACAUCUGUAGUUGCCUGGUCGAAGUUCUUCGAUACCAGUGCUGCAUCCGUCAAUGGCUUUGGCAAAAAGCCACCGCGAACUACUCGUGGUAGAGAAGCAGGGACAAAGAACUGCGACAGGUGGCUUACAAUUACAACGGCCUGUAUCGAUUCUUGUGUGCGACCACAAGUUUCAGUUUCAGUUUCAUCGAUCAGCAACACAGAACAACUCCCGCCCGCGCCGAACUACGAGACGCGUGCUGGUCACCGUUGGCGGUAGCAAUUGAUAAUUGGCUCUACUUUACGGCGAGAAGCUGAAUGAUUAGCGCCAGCCUACGGUAGCCCGAGAGUCAUCUGACUAAAGCCUGAUAAGUCAUUUACGUUCACAAGAACCUGUCGCUGAACGAAGAUGGAUUGGUAUGGCGAGGCUGCUGGCGGUGGCGCAGGAGCAGCAGCUUCCACGACCGCCUCCUCGGGCAAGGCCAACAAAGCCGGGGCCGGUGGCGGAGCAGCGGGGUGGACAUCAAGUAGUAGUGCCGCUGCACCUGCCGGAACAACAUCCACCACGGACGACCCUGUGUAUAACCAGUGGGCUUCUGAGGCGGCUGCGUGGGCGACCGCGCAAGGCUUGGCCAUGAACCCCUCUGGCCCUGCCGCCGCGGCGGUUGCCGCACAGCAGGCCGCGGCAGCGGCGAGUAGUAGUGGUACCGGUACGAGCACCAGUGCUUCGGGGCCUGUAAGUGGUGCCAGCUCAGGUGCGGCGAGUAGCAGCACAACUACUGGAGGUGGAGCGGCUGCUGCGACAAAUAACGCAACCAACAAUAAGGAGACCAGUGGUACAAGUGCGAGCAAAGCAGACCAAACUACUUCCGGAACGGGACCGACGCAUGCAACGGGCGGUAAAAACAACAACACAACAAAGGGCGGCGGCAAGGGGAGCAAGAAGGGUUCGAAAAAACCGCCAACGGGCACGGCAAUCAAUUUUCACAUUCCGGAGGGGGAGGCGCUGCCGAUCGACGCGUUCAAAAGACGCAUCGUUCGCCAUUUUUUAAGGCACCGAAUCACCUGCAUUCAGGGGGAUACAGGUAUAAAAACUUGCUAUGCGGUAUUGAUAGUGAAGGUGUAGGUCUUCACCGCAAAUAGAUUGUCAAUGUGCACAGCAUGCCGUCAACCACAUGAACCGAAUCAAAAAAUCCACACGACAGGUUGCGGUAAGUCCACCCGGGUCCCGGUGUAUCUGAAGGAGAUGUGGGACGCCGGACUGAUGCAUAACCCGCGGUUGCUCUCCCAGUACGAAGAGCAGACCGGGCUGGCCCACACGAAUUCCGCGGACCCCAACUCCGCCAGCGUAUCAAAUGUAAAAGUGUCUGGGUCUGGAAAAGUUCAAACUUGUCAUGCAGAUUUUCCAUGACCCGCGAAGUCUGGAAUGCGGGACUUAGCAUGACAGACUCUGCGAGGUCUCUGCCAUGCCUAUCCUGCAUGAGAAACUCCCCUCCAACUUGGUCAAAAGUGGACAGCUUUCGGCACUCAUGCAACACAGAUUUUUGCAUGCUUCAGAUUUACCAUGACAAGUUGGAUUCUUCCAGACCCAGACACUUUUACAAUCCAUACAGCGCCGACCCGGACAAUUUAGACCCGUUGAUGCAUUCCUCUUCCGGCACGUUUGGGUCCGCAGUCGCCGGCACGCCGGGCAUCGCGAACCCCAUCGAGGUAUCAAAUGCAAAAAUGUCUGGAUCUGGAAGAUUCUGAGACUUGUCAUGCACGUUUUGCAUGAGUCAUGAUGUCUGGUGUGAUGCAUACCCUAGCAAUACAGAUUUUUUGAGGGCUUCUUGAUGCGUAUUCCGCAUGACAGAUGCCUUCUCAGCGUAGCAAGAAUUGCAUUUCCUUUGGUACUAAUGCAAUACAGAUUUUUUUGGAAUCCAAAUGCAGCAUCACAAGUUGCAUUCUUCCAGACCCAGACAUUUUUACAUUUGAUACGAGGCCAUCAACGACACGGUGGACAAGCACGCCAUGAUGUCGGUCCCCCCGCGGCUUAAAGUGCUGGUCACGCAGCCCAGGCGGAUUGCGUGCAUUUCUUUAGCGAAGCGGGUGGCGUCCGUACUGGGGGAGGAGCUCGGGAACUCCGUCGGGUACCAAAUCAGCGGAGACACGGCGGUGAAGAAGCACACCCAGAUUGUCUUCGUCACCACAGGGUAUUUAUUACAGGUAGUCGUGAACAACCCAGAGCGGCUCAACGACUACUCGCACAUCGUCCUGGACGAAGUGCACGAGCGCGACAUUGACGCGGACCUGGUGAAUCUGGUCGUGAAAUUACAAAUGCAAUCCGCGCAGUUCCGGUUAGUUAUCAUGUCCGCCACCUUGCAGGGCGACCUGUUCGGCCGCUACUUCUGCGGGGGCAGAAGACGCGUGAACCCGAUUCAGGUCGGGGCCAAGCGGUUUGACGUGGAGGAGGUACACUUGGACGAACUGCACGACCGGUACACGUUCUCGCCGGAGUCGACAGACGCGAUUAGGAACGGGACUUACCAGUUCAAGGACUUCCGGUCUAUGGGCGGUGGGGGAGGUGCUGGAAACAACAACAAUUACCUCCAAAACACCGCAGCAGCCGCUCAGGAUCCGAACCAGCAGCUCAGCGCUUAUUCGGCGAACCUGCAGGCGCAGUUGAACAACUCUCUGGGGUAUGGGAAUAAUAAUCAACAGCAACCCGAAUCGUCUCUGCUCGACCAAAACAGCGAUACGGAAGACGAGGCAGAAACUUCCGCGAUGAAUGCCGGGAGCGGGAACGCGACGAACCACGCGACCCAGGGCGUGAAUUUGAACAAGUUCGGAAAAUUCGGCAAGUUCAGCAACCACCGGGGGCAGAGAAUGCCGCACGCCACGAUCACGAAGGAUUUUGAGUUGGUUGUGAAGGAGAUUAUCAUGCAGUCGGCCAAGGGCGGCGAGGGGAUUUUGGUGUUUCUGCCGGGUAUAGGCGAAAUUACGGAGUUGCACGACCAAUUACUCCCAUUGGAACAAAUUGGCGGAGGCAAUCACAAUAACGCGGGGAUGCGGUAUGAUCAAACACUCCUGAUUUUAGACACGAUAGCGUUUGUUUUGUUUUGGAUACUUAAACUCCUGUCGUACUAGUCGUUGCGUACUAGACACCAUACCAUUUUCCUGCAUUGGAAGAUGAGCUACAUAUUACGCGCGGAGCACUCAUACUCAACUGGGUUGUUUCAAAAAGCUUGCAACGCGAACGCAUGAAAAAUUUCUUCUACACUUCUGUUUAGCAUGACAAAUUCUUCUUCAUCAGGUACCGCAUUUUCGUCCUGCACUCCUUGAUUCCGAAAGACGAGCAGGAGUCCGCUGUUUUUUCCCUAUCCAGUGCGAAAGUUGGAUCGUGCUCCGGGGCAUUGAAAUCCUGCAUGAGCAGAGAUCUUUCGUCUAUAAGUGACCUCCCAGCAUUACAAAUUGCAAUUCGACUUUUCUUCACCAACAACUCGAAAAUAAAAUUUGUAUUGCAUUUUGUGCUAUUACUAGCUGACACAACUUUUGCACUGCAUACUCCCCCCCGGACAGCAACAGUUGCCACGUGAUUCUCGCCAGUAACAUUGCCGAAUCCUCGCUGACGAUCCCAAAUAUCCGGUUCGUCAUUGACUUCGGGUUGCGCCGCCAGCUCAUUUACGAUUCCCGGCGGCACAUGAGCUGUUUGUCCACCACCUGGGUCUCGCAGGCGUCGGUGAAGCAGCGCAUGGGACGCACAGGGCGUGUCUUCGCCGGGACGAACAUCAGGCUGUACACACGGGGGUUCUACGAGCAACUGCCGGAAUUUGACGCACCCGAGAUGGAGACCGCACCUUUAGAGAAGUUGUACGUCAACGUGAAAUUCCUGGCCGCGAAACUCUAUGCUAUGUAAAAACGGUUCCACCCCGUAGUUGCCAUGCAGAAUUGCAUCUACAGAAAUAUCUGUGAUGCGCAUUUACAUAUAGAGAAAUUGAAUCUGUAAUCGGUUUCUGAUAUUUGUAAUGCUGUAAACAGGAUGAGGAGAGGUCUUUGUGAUGCGCCUGUCCUUUCCAAACAGGACUAUACUACAGACGGAAACUUGUCAUGCAGAACUUCCAAAGCCUGGAGACUUGUGUUGCAGAUUAUUCAACUUGACUAUCUGGUGGGAGCGUUUUUACCCAGAAUAAACUCCCCCCCUUCCCCAUCCCGGACGACCCGAACAACCCGACCAGCGGGAUCCCGGUGGCACGGAAGCUGAAGCCCCGGGAGCUGCUCCGGUUAACGGCGCAGCCGCCAGAUACGAGCGCGCUGGAACGGUCGAUUGCUACUCUCGUCGAGAUGGGCGCGUUGACCUCGAACAACGAGGAGGCGGAGCUGUCCCUCCUCGGGCAUCUCAUGCUCACACUCCCCCUGGACAUCUACCUCUGCCGUCUGGUGGUGUACGGGGCUUUGUUCGGGUGUAUAGGUGAUGCGAUUGUCAUCGCCUCUGCUUUAUCGACGCAAGACCCUUUCACGCUCCCGACGCAUUUGGUGAUCAAGGACCAAACGGAGUACGCGCAGGCGAUUAAACGGUCCUACUUAUCCCGGAAGCACUUCGACGCGGGCCAGUACUCGGAACCGCUGAUGCUCCGGAAUCUUUUCGUCCAGUGGAUGGCGGAUUUUUACCUCUUCAAGCAGAAGCAGUUCUCCCACAGAAGGGGGUACGUGCAGGAAAACCACCGCGCGAGCUUCACGAAAUUCUCCCAAAACUUUUCCCGCCAUUACGCUGUGGUGCCGAAGCGGUGCGUACAUUUGUGUAUGAACGUGCUGGACACGGCCACCCGGUUCAAGAAGUUCGUGCACCGCGAUUCGCAGCUGCAUGACGACAUUAAUAAAUUGAUUUGCCUUCUCAGUCCGUACUACUACGAGGAAGCCAAGCCCUCGGAACUGUUCAACACCCCAUCACACAUUUUAAAGUCCCUUCUGCUCGCGUCGUUCUCGCCGAACUUACUGAUCGGCAACACGAAGAUCCGGGACACGGAAAACCCAAAAAGGAAGAAGCCCGGGCCGCACAGCCAGCCGGAAAAUUUGAACGCGAAAGAGCAGUUGCUGCAGGACAUGUUGUUUAAGGGGUUGGACUAGCAAAUGCAAAAAUGUCUGGGUCUGGAAGAAUGCACCUUGUGAUGCUGCAUUUGAAUUCCAAAAAAAUCUGCAUUGCAUGAGCAGCAAAGGGAACGCGAUUUUUGCUACGCGGAAAGGGCAUUUGUCAUGCGGAAUGGGCAUCAAGAUGCCCUCAAAACAUCUGUGAUGCUAGGGCAUGCAUCACAGACAUCAUGGCUCAUGCAAAACGUGCACCACAAGUCUAAGAACCUUCCAGACCCAGACAUAUUUGCAUUUGAUAUAGACCCGCGCCGGGCGGUUCAGAUGGUGAUGGAGAUUCCGAAGGACAUUGAGAGCCGGGAGACGAUGAAAGAGGAUUUACAGCAAACCUUCGCCGAGAUGAUGAGUUGCAACCCGCGGGACAUUAUCAUCUACCUGGAGCCCGACUGGAAAAAGCUGUACAUCGAGUUUAAAACGGACUCCCAAGUCAACACCCCAGACGAAGAUUGCUACCCCCCGGCCGCGGGCGACCCGAGUGUCAUGGCUGCAGAAGGGGAUGCGGCCGGGGCCGGCGGGGUUGGCGGGGAUUUAUACGCCGGAGCAAUGGGCGGAUACUAUGCACAGUAUUGAAUGUGGAUGUCUUUGUGUCUUUGGUUUUUGGAUCUGUGAUGCUGAACACGCGUGAACUUCUGGCAAGUAUUGUGUACAAGAACGUUACGGUGUCCAUCAUGAUGUCGUGCAGCUUCUGAUUGACUAUGUGAAUCUGUCAUGCAGACAUAUCACAUGACCACCAUUUAUUGAUUGUUUAACUCCUCCAAAUCAGGAAUUCUGCUCGGGACAAUGGGAUUUUUCCACAGCUCACGACCAUUUGCCAGAUGGAGACGGGCAAGCUUUCGGACAUCCAGACUCUGCCGCUCGGCGCGCAAUUGAUCGACAUGUUCGGGUCCGGCAGGUUUAAAUUCCAUGCCAAGUUAGUCGAAGCGACUUUUCAGUACGAGGACCGGUACAAUGAGAACAAGCAAAACGCGGUGAUUCCCCUCGGUAACGCCCCGACCACCGCGGCGGCCCCCGGACUCGGCCCGAAUCCGGCUUCUGCCGUAACGGCGUCCAAGGAGCAGGCGAACACGGCGAGCAACAAUUGGGUGGACGAAUUUUACAACGAGGCCCCGGAUUACUACAAUUACCGGAACAAUUGGGGGGAAGCGGACGGCGCGGUGGACGGGGGAAAUAACAUGGGCGGUAUGGGGGGACACCACAACAGCAACGACAUUUACUUGAACUUUUUCAAGCCGAUUUCGCCGUUCGAAAUUUGCUGGGACGUGUACUCGAAUGAAAACAUGCUGACGACGGAGAAUUACGAAGAGCUGCGCGGCGAGGAAUACGGAAAAGCGGUCGCACUGCAGGAAGGCGGGAAAAAGGCAAAGAAGAAGGACGUGGUAGGAGUUGUAAAUCGUUUUUGUGAAUGAAUAAAGAUGCUUUUCAUUUGUGGUUGUGAUGCAAAGUUGUACUCGCUUCUACAUGAAAUCACCAUUAGCCAAGUGUUUUUUCAUUGAUGCAUAGAUUCCUUCUUGUCCUGACCCUGAGAAAGAACCCCAUUAUCCAUGUCGCUCAACAUCUUAUCUAUCAGGUUCGUCUGAUGGAGCAAAUGCAGCGCAAGAAGAUCAAGCCGAUCAAGGGGAACUGCACCUGGCGUAACGCGCUCGGCGCCAUGACCUCGUGUAACCUCACCAAAAUGGAGCCCGAACUCACGGAGUACUUGGACGAGCAGCAGUUCUCGUCCAAUCGCCGGCCCAGGUGGCAGCUCCCCGCGAUCCAACCCCCGAUUCCAAACGAGAUUAUCGCCUGCUACACGAGUCAGCAGGGCGCGUCGGACAAUUUUCAGGGAGCGAAUGCGCAGACCGGGCAAAACGCGAUCCAGAAUGUGUGGCUGGACGGGGUGACGGUGUUGAGCUGCAAUUUCUACGACAAAACGCUGGGGGAGUCAGUGUCGAACUCGGAACCGAACGAGUCGGCGACCGACAAUCCAGCGAAUGUGGAAUCUUUAUACGCGACCGUGCUGAUGCUCUGCUUCUGCCCCAGCAACUACGCGGUAAGUACUUGUUACAAGGGAGGUGGUGUUUUGUCAUGCUGAAAAUAGUACACGCAUUUGCUGAUCGUAUUUCACAAUUUGGCUGUCCGCAUGACAAAUUUUUGUCCGAAGUUAAGAAAUGACCUCGCAAAUAAUCAUCAGGUGAACGUGUCCGGUAGUUUCGAUACCGGCCGUAUUUCCAAGAUCGAGAUCGGAUCCCACGCCCCGCUCCGCUGCUCGACCCCAGACAAAACCACCCACUUGCACAUAAAGGACAUUGAGCGGGUGAACCGGUUGCGAAAAAUCAUCUCCGACGCUUUUCUCGGCCGCGACACCAACAACCAGGACGCGCUGAACAACUUAGUUGGGGGCAUGACGAAGAAGAAAAAGAAGCAGAAAAUUGUGAACCAAUACGGUGAGGAAGUGCCGUACAACGAGCAGAAUGACCAGGGGGGCUAUUUAGACGCGUACGGGAACCAACGCGGUGGUGGGCAAGGAGGCUACGGUGUCAACAACUACGUCGUGCCGACCGAGUCGAACGACAGCGAGGUUGCGGGGUUGGAGGUCCCCAUGCUGGUGGAUUCCCCGAACGUCCGGAAGUCGUUGGAAGAGUUGUUAAGCUCCAUCGGACAGGGCCCCAAGUAUUGCCCCGAGAUGCCGGACGAAAUGGACUUUUCCUUCAAAAAUCUGGAUAUUCACAACCUGAAACACUACUACGACUUCAGUCUCUACAAUGCGGAUCUGCAGCCGUCCAUCGUGACCGGGGUCACGCAUGGGUUUGAUAUUCCAACGAAGGUAUAGUCUGCAUUGCAAAAUUAUAUGUCUCGGUGUGGAUUUGCCAUGCUCUUGCUCAUGCGAAAUUUGAAAGGCAGCGAGAUCUGUAAUGCAGGAAUACGAAUGAACAUGAAGUGAAGACUUCACAACAAAAAAGGUAAAACGCGCCUCCAGCAAGGCCGCCGCAGAGCCCACUCAACCCGUAGCAAGCCAGUUCGGCGGGGUGGCCCAGGUUGCGCAGAAGCAGCCGAAACCGACCUUGUCCAAAAUUCCGCCCACUUCCGCGGAAUCACUGAUUGAAUCGGAAUAUUUCCAGAAACUGUUCGUGAAGCCCUACCACAAAAACCCGUUGUACAACUGUCCCAAACUUCCGAUCAAGACCAUCCAAUACCCCAAUCCGGACUAUUACCCCGACGCCGCCUGGUGGGGCUACGGCGCGAACAGCAUCUACGCGAAUCCGUAUUUGACGUAUGUGAACGACCCACAGAACUCCCUCGAUAACUUCCGACUAUUAAAGCCCGCGGUCUCCCUGGAAGCGAUCCGGAACAUACGGAUUGCGGUUUUGCGGGAGCAGCGCGGAGCGGACUACUACGCGAACCAGAUGGGCGGAGUGAAUAACAUGGGGCGGAAGGGUGGCGGGGCGAACGCCGGGCUAAUUGACAACGGCGGGAAAGGCCCGCCGGGGACGAAGCUGAACCCGAACCAGCUGAAGAUUUCCACCGCGAAUCCCAGGUACGCGGACAGCUUACGGAAACAAAUCGCCGGAUUCGACCUGGAGCCGACCCAGAUCUCCACGAAGGCGAAGCAAGCAGCCGGUCUCGGCGGUCCGGCGGUGCAAUUACCGUCGACUCUACCCGGCGGGUACGCCGCAAUGACGUCCACUGGGCACGCACCAGGAACUACUGCUAGUGCCGGGGGACCUCCCUCCGGCGGGUUGAAACCGAUCCCGAAGAACGCGCAGGGACUCGCAAACCACGUGCUGUCACAAAACCACGGAGCCAUGUCGCUUUCGAUAUGCAUUGCAAAAGUAUCGUGCUCGUACUAGAUUGCGGCUAUGCAUUGCAAAUCUUCUUGUUAAGGUAAAACAGCAUGACAUCAAACUCCAUUUCUCAUGCAGAGCGGAUUUGUGUUGCAAUAUCCUAGUACCAGUUGUACUAGUACUUACGAUACUUUUGUGAUGCAUAAUCGAAUCAGGGCAACAUCAACAACCCUCUGUCCGCCAUCAAUCCGACGCAGACAGGUGGGUUUGGCAACAUGGCCAACAUCGGACAGUCCAAUGCGAAUUCCACCUGCAUUCAGCAAAACGCGCUCGCGCAGCAGGUGCAGUCGUGCUACAAAACGUUCGUGAAGAAGAUCGACAACGCGGGCGGGGAGGAUUACGUGAAGGGCAGACUGUAUGGAAGCGUCACGAUUGAAAUCGUCAAAGUUGAAAUAGUUUGUGAUGCAUAAAAUGCAACGCAGAGAUUGCCUCUAUUGCAGAGGACGCAAGGGAGGGAAAUUGUAGUGCUGGCAAGGGUCGAGAAUUGGGCUGCUGACUAGCAUCACAGAGGGGAGUCCCUUUGCCCUGAACAGCAUGAAAAACUGGCUUCCGGUACGGACAAAAUUUGUCAUGCACCGACUAGAAACUGCGUGUCCAACUGGUAUCCAUUUUAUGCAUGGCAAACUAUUUCAACUUUGUCGAUUUCAAACCUGACGCUUCCAUAGACUGAUCAAGGAAAUCGACGUGGAGAAUUGGGAUGAGGCGUCGGACGAGGAUAAUUUAGCGGAUAACCUCGACGAGGACCAAACGCCGGCUAACACCAGUGAAAAAAAUGAUUUCGAUUCGGAGGCGACGCCACAGAAUCUGGAUAAGGAUAAUCACCUCAACGUCUCGUUGCAGCAGAGUCAAACCGGUGCGGGAUCGAACCAAUCGUCACCCAACAAACCGCCGGGGUUGACCGCAACUGCCUCCGGUGGCAACGUUCUAGCGGGAAAAAAAGGACCCCCAGCUGCAGGAAGUGGCGUUGUUUCAUCUGCGGGUAAGGGAGCUGGUGCUGGCGGAGCAGGGCUGAUGUCCGGGAAAAAAGGCGGACCUGCUCCAGGUGUCCUUGGAGCUCCGGGGAAAUCAAAGGGAGCAGUGAAUCAGCAAAUUGACCUGGUGGGAGCUGCUGCUGGUGGUAAUAUGCAACAUCAUCAUGUAGCUGCAGGUGGCCCACCUCCGGGAAUUUCAGCUUUGCCGGCGGACUCAGUCUUGAACACGACAAAUGAGGACGACGAUUCCUCGGAUGACGAAGAAGACACGCACGUCAUUCUCAACCACAACCCGAUGAAGGGCGCCAACACUUCCACCGGCGGGCUGUACCAGGGGUACGGGAAUGCGUAUGGCCACCCAACCAGCCACCAUUCCUGGGGCAAAAACGCGUCGACCCGACCCGGUCCGGGGAAGAACGCGUGGGGAGCUGGUGCAAGUGUGCACCAGCAGUACCCGGGGCCCCCGCCGAGCGGCGCGAGCUCCAUGAAAGGAGGAGAGCAACAAGCGUACGGUGGGACGAAAGGAGGUGCUGGGAUGAACAAGGGAGCGGCAGGCGGGGACCCGUGGGCAACGGCACCGACGGGAGGGAAGAAAGGUGCUGCAAACAACAACGCAUCCACCUGGGGUGCUCCGCUUGGUGGAGCUGCUGCUGCUGCUGCUGCACAGCAAGGCCAGCACCACAACUGGGACCAGUGGUCCGAAGGUGGCGGGCAGGGCCAGUGGGGAACGGCUGCUGCCGGUGGCUGGGGAGCGGCGUCUGGAGCUGUGCAAAACGGGGGGACUGGUAGCAAAAAGGGUUCCAUCAACGCCCCUCCGGGGAUGGGACCGCCCAGUCAGCCGAGCAGUAAGCAAACGACGGCACAAAACACCACAUCCGUAUGCAUUGCAAAAGUAUCGCACUCGCAGUAAUUGCAUUUAUGCAUUACAAAUUGCUUUCUUAAGCACAACCCGCAUGACCAAUUCCCUUCUGCUUCCUUGUGGUGAGCAAAUUUGUAAUGCAGUCACUACUAAUACGAUACUUUUGUAAUGCAUACUCUGCUUCCUCCGACAACUGGGGCGCGGUGGCGCAACGCGCGGCGACGGCCAACGCCUCGGGCGGAUGGGGUGCGUCAACUGGUGGCUGGGGCGCGGCAAACAGUUCCUCUGCCACUCAGAACGGUGGAACGGGUACUACUUCAUCGGGGAAGAAGGGGAAGGGAAAGAAAGGACAACAACAGCACAACCAGAACCACAAUUCCGCAUCUACAACUGCUGCAGCCGGCGCGCAGCACGGCGCCACCCCCGCACCCCCGACGCAGCAACCGCCGAUGGCCCCGGGUUUGGAGGGGUACGGACAUGAACACCAGCACAGUGCCGAACACACCACGUACGACCACUACGGAAAUCCCAUUGUCGCUUCCCACCACCACACUGCCGCUGCGGCCGCAGCCGCGGCUGCGCACCACGGCUACGCCACGGCGGCUGCGCACCACGGGGCGGAACACCAUCAUGCUGGCAGCUUGGAGGACCACGUUGGGGCAGGGGAGGAGGAAGACUGGGACCCGACGCAACCCUGGGGCGCGGCCGCAGCAGCAGCCGCAACCGCGGCGCACGGGCACCACGGUGGUUACUACGCGGCCAAGUCGUCCCAAGUGUAUGGGCAAUAUGCCGCUGCCGCGGCGCACCAGGCCCACGCGGUCGCCGCGCACCAGCAGCAGCUCGCAGCGAACAUGCACGCGGCCGGCGGCGGCAAGUUUGGCGCAGCUGCAGCCGGGGCGCACGCGGCGAGCGGGGUGAGUAAGAUGCGGAACAACUACCCCUCUAGUGCCGCUCAUUACGGCGCAGGAGCCGGGAAGGGCGGAAACAGCAGUAGUACCUCUGCGGCUGCCGCGGCGGCAGCGGCGGCCCACUGGGGAACCACAGCGGCAGCGGCUCACCACGCGGCGCACGCGGAAGGCGAGGCUGCCGCGCCGUAUCACGACCCGAUGCAGUACUGGGGCGCGGCGGAUCAAGCUGCGGAUCCCUGGAGCACCGCUGCGGCGGCGGCGGUCGUGCCACCGACGGUGCCGGCGCACGGGGGUGGUGCGGGGCAUCACUCGACCUUCAAGUCCUCGGAAAACUCGUCGAAGAAUUCGCAACAAUCGCUGGAUCCCAACGCCCCCAUUCCGGAGGGAUGGAAGGCGGCACAGGACCCGAAAACGGGGAGAACGUAUUACUGGAACGUGCGGACAAAGGAAACGCAGUGGAAAAAACCCGCACCGGAAGCGGUGGGAGCGGAGACGCAGAGUGGAAGCAAGGUAUAGGAUUUUGGUGAUCCAUGGUCUUAGUCGGUGUGACUGUGAGGAGGCAUAUACUGAUGUGCAUCUACUCUAUACGAUCACUUCGAUUCUUUGACGCAUUAUAAAUUUCUAAAUUUUGGAAUGUAAGUCUCUGUAGUAUGUUUUCCUGCAUGUUAACAAAAUCCCUCUCGUCUCUAUCAGAUGACCGCCGCUGCCGCCGAGUUUGUUCCGGGUGGGGCCGCGGCCUCCGCCGCCGCAGCUACUAGUACUGAAGCGGCCGGUGCAAAAGCCGGUGCUGCUGCGGGGUACGACGAGUGGGGCGCGGCGCAAGACUGGACUAGUGCGUACAGUAACGCGGCGUACGCGGUCUACGGGGGGCACCAACCGUACGCGACAAUCAAUCCGGAGUACACGAUGUGAGGAUUGAUUCAAGAUGAUAUUUUCGAAGAAUUUUGAUUUUAGAGGAACUGAAGAAACAAGAGCCGAUAAGGAUAAACACCUUGUCGCACGAAAAACGAGGAGGCUCUCGCAGAAAAACAAAAAUCAUCGGGUGUUGUGGUGCGAGAAUCGGGGCAAGAGCAAAUCUAAAAAACUGGGUUUUUUUUGAAGAAGAAGAUGACGACUUUAUGUCACAAUCUGCAGGCUAAACCUAAAGCUGAGAACGAACCGUUUCUUAUUCUUUCGCACUACAGCACUCAGCAUUACGAAACCUCAUAUUUUCAUCUGGACUGUAGGUCUAAAAGUAAAGACGCUUCUGAGCCAAAGCGUGCCAAGACCCCCGCAUGACAAGGUUUCAUUGUCCAUGUGGUUGGCGCGCUGGUUUUUACGGAGGCUCUUUUUGCUUUUAUUUCUGCUUUCCAAACUACAACUAUUACGCUCUGACUCUGUGUACUUCUCACCACUUGUUUUUAAGAACAGGAAUCUAUUCCUCGUUCAAUUUCCCAUAGCUUUGCUGUGAUUUGCUCCUCUCAGGAAUGGAAAACAGCAAGUUAAUACGGGGACAAAAUUACAGCACGUUGUAACAUAAUCGACGGCCACUUUUAUCUGCGAUUGCGCUCUGCUAUGGAGUGUGAGAGCAGAUGGCAGCGUUGUCGGAUAUUAUACAAGUUGCUGCGACCACCACAGCACAACCCCAAUCCCUUUUACAAGUUCGAUAUUUUUCACGUAUUCAAGACCGAAAUAGAUACCGAAAAAAGAUGUAUUGCUUGAUACAGCUGCUCGCGCCACGUAUUCCAAUUUCUAUUUGAUUAUACUCUGGCUACUUGUUGAACAAAAUUAAAUUUCCAUUGACUUGACAAUUUCUACCGAUGUUUUCAUCAUCCACGAGGAAAUUAUAUGCAAAACUCGAUAUGGAUAUUAUCUAGCAUGAGCUGCAAGGAGCUCUGCAACUUGUACCUAAUUUUUUACCGCCAAACCUGUGGUCUUUACGGCCACAGCAAGUUCUGUACUGAUUGUUUCAGAAGAUGAGGAUGUUUAUGAAUAUCUCAGGUUGCUGGUACAGCCCGUUCUUUGAUGAUACUAGGGCAGAUACAGGUUUAUUUCGAGAAGAUUUGAUUACUUUUUUUCAUUAUUCAUGGUCCGGUUUAGCGCAUGAGGUUGUUAUUGGAAGUAAUAUGGUGAAAUUCACGAUUUUACUUCUCGAACACCGGAAGCGAGGUGAUCACUCUCUUGUCAUAAGCUGCUGCUUCUAAUUCUAUCCAAGCAACGGCGGUUCCUUGUGACCCUGUUCAGUUGUUUUCUCAUCUACUCGACAGGUCUGACCGUGGCUGACGACCUCAAAAAAGCACGCCACAAAAAAAAACCAAAACCGAUCACUCUGCUUCACACUUUACUUCUUUCUAUGAUUACUUUUACUUUGAUAACUAAUUACACUGACUACUUUGUUGUAUGGGUCUUUUUACCAUCUCGGAGUUCGACCAUAAAAUUGUUGCUUCGCCUGUCUGUCUACAGCAGUAUCAAUCUCAGUUAUCUUUCGACGACAAAUUAUUACACAACACUUGACCGGAGAAGCUGCGUGCUGUGACCGGAACUACAUGUUGACUCAAGAACCUAUUCAGCUGAUUUUUAUUUCAAUCGAGAACCGAAAAAGCGAAAAAA